AGAGCCCCUUGACUGGGCCACAGGCAUGAACUGAGCGUGCCGGAGACCCACGAGAACCACGGCUCGGCUGGGCUUACGCUAAGAGGAGCCAACGUGUGGCACGAAGGUUCUUGAACCCGUAGCAGUGGCCACGACCACGACAUCCUGCCAGCAGCUCCAGCCCUGGACAGACAAGGAGACUCGACUGUGCCUCUUGCCCGAAGGACCAUGCCUAGAUGCCGGUGGCUCUCCCUGCUUCUCCUCACCAUUCCCCUGGCCCUAGUGGCCAGGAAAGACCCCAACAAGGAUGAGAAGGGGGUGCUGAGGAAACUACAACCCACCAACGCCUCAGAUGCCAACGUGAGGCAGUGUCUGUGGUUUGCCAUGCAAGAAUACAACAGGGAGAGCGAGGACAAGUACAUCUUCCUGGUGGUCAGGACACUGCAAGCCCAGCUGCAGGUCACAAAUCGUCUGGAAUACCUUAUUGAUGUAGAAAUUGCCCGCAGCGAUUGCAGAAAGCCUUUAAGCAGUAAUGAAAUCUGUGCCGUUCAAGAAAACUCCAAACUGAAAAAGAAAUUAAGCUGCAGCUUUUUGGUAGGAGCACUUCCCUGGAAUGGUGAAUUCACUGUGAUGGAGAAAAAGUGUGAAGAUGCCUAAUGGUGUUUUGGGGCAUCCCUCCAACCUCUGCGACUACUUUAUCCAUGACAAUAAAGCAAUGGCAAGUGGAGGCUGUUCCCAGCACGCUUUCUCCAUGCAUGCCUCUCUGCUUGGCGUUUGGUGUUUUAGUUUCAUAGCAUUGGGGACAGAAGAUGGGCAUGUUCAGCUCCUCUUUCCUGGCACCAAGUGUGGCCAUGCACCUUUGGUUAGCUUGAUGGUCUACCGGUCACCAAGUACAAAGGAUAGGGUGAGGUCUGAUUCCAUUCUCUACAGCAAAUCGGAGGAGGAAUCCCUUUUGCUUAGGUAACAGUCUCUUACAGAGGUCUGCAUCCAUUGGAUGUUAACUCAGCGG